GACGUCGCCGGUGGCAGAGCAACCGCGCACCUUUUAGGUUGACCUCCCUUUGUAACGCUAUGGUUUCAACUCCCCUCUCUCUGUGAUCUGUGACUUGUGUUAGACUCUCGCGUAUUGCUGCCCGCGCUCACAAUGAGCACCGGUGAUGUAUUGCCGCAGAACAGCUUUGGAGACGGGGGUUUGACCGCAGGCUUGGCUUCUCAUAGAAUACUUCAACGUCCAAACUUGGUCCGCCGUGAUACGGAUCAGAUUCUGUCCUAUUACCAGUCUGAACACGCAGGUCGAGGCCCCUACGACAUUAGCGCGGUUGAAGACAAUACUUGCCUUUCCAUGCCACUGUCACGACGAAACAGUUUAUCAUCUCGUUCAAACACCCCUUCAGAGUACUCCUCGGACUCUCAUCAAAACAAUGAGCAAGUAGUCAAAGAGGACUUGCCAAGAAGCCAGCCCCCGCCGACUUCGGCCUUCUCCCAUACACGUCGGUCAAGCGUUCCCUCUGAAGGGGGUUCGGAUAGACGCCGUUUAGCUAUUGUCGAGAUGGAUUCAAGCGCACCAUUGUCUGGGUUCCAUAAACGAAGUCGACUCGAUGAAUCAGAGGAGAGAUCUGGCUCUUCAAGCCGUUUACUCUCGCGUAGGGGCUUACACGUAAAUGACCUUGCACUGAUCGCUCCGCCAGACGCGUCUCCGAAGACAUACACAGAUCUAACACCACCUCCUUCGGCUCCGAUCGUUGCUGAGCGGAUAAUUGAACAUGUCCCAACCUCCGGGCACCACCGGUCAGCAUCGGAAGCUACAUACGUUGGUGCUCGAAGCCGAUUGCAUCAUAAGACGUCGCGAGAUAUAGGCAUAGUUGGCACUGGUGGAAUAUACUCGAUUACAGAAGGAGUAGGAGCCAGUGUCGAUUUAUCGAGGCAUGAUGAGUAUGAUGGUCUCAAAGUCCCCAUCUUCCAGACUCCGGCGAAAUCCCGGUCUCCUUCGCCGUCGGCUACUCCGGACCUCUCAGACUCUGCAACAACUUCUUUCAACGAGUCGUAUCAUGCCACACCUGCUACUGCAUCAACGUCCAUGCGCACUCCUGAAAUUGGAGAAGGAAAGGAUGUUGGGCAACCUGUGAUCGGACCAGUGGUCAUGGGCUUGAAUACAGAGGGCGUGAUGCGUCGGCAACCAAGUAAUCCAACGAUACAUAUUUCACCUUCGCUCAGCCCUCCACGUCAACCCGUUUCUCCCUUUGUAUUUUACGAACCAGGAGUCCAUUCAACUGCUGGGCCCUUACCACCACCUCCUCGGUCUGUCUUUGAAGAUGAUAGUCCUGUUAGCCCUCCUCCCCGUCCGCCCCGUCUCCGAACGCCAUUGCCACCCAAUGCGCAUCCACUUGACUCUAAGGCGAAGAUUGAAGCCUUGAAAGAGUCCUUGCAACUGCCUGAGUCUGUCUCAGUCGUACUAGCCUCUCGGUCAAGUUCUCGAAAUGUUGUGACAAGGCAGAGGCAAGACUCGGAAUUGUCCGAUGCAUCUCAUUAUACAGAUGAGAAUGAAAGCAAAUCCGCCGACGAGUCGCAUCACCAUGCCAAACGAACCAAGUCCAUUCAUCGUCGCGAAGGAGCCUUCCCCCCUUCAUCAUCAUCUGUUUCCCCUUCCCUACCUUUAGCUGAUUCAGAUCAAAAUCGGCAGUCAUACAGCGAAGACGUCAAUCCCCCGACGUUGUUGUCUGAGACAAUUCGAUUGUGUCCCGAGCCCGCCGAUAUAACUUCAGGGGAGGGAAGAGAGGCGACUGCUCCUAGCCUUCACCGAGAACCUAGUUGGGUUAGUCUACGACAGGAAAUGAAUCGCAUUGCGUCGCCGAACGGUGGAAGUGCUUCCUCUGAGAGUGCUUCCAUCAGACGUAGUAUGCCCAAGUCUCCUUCUGUUAUGUCUUCCUCACCACCACCGCCACCCAAACACGACAGUUGGCAAGGUGGCGAAUUCGCGUCGACGUCCAAGCCUGGCAAUAGCCUCAAAGUGACCUUGUCGAACCUGAAGCGUUUCUCUGCCUUACCUCGUACACCAUCAUUCACCUCCUUGAGUGUAGCAUCAAGAAGCCAACGUUCCCGAACACCAUCACCUUCUUAUCCUAGAAAUAUAAUGAGGUCACCUAAACCAAGGAUAAAGACUCGGUAUCCCGCUGCGUUGCAGUGUCAGGAUAUUGUAGGUAAGAAGAACGCCUCGGAGAGAAUCAGACUCUACGCGGAUCGGAUCAAUGAAUUGGCUAUGUAUGAUUGCGGUCUUGGGGAUUGGGUUAUGACAAUGAAGCUUCGGGGUGAGCCGAAUAGAGCGACAAGUGAUAGCUCAACUCUAACAAUGUUUGUAGGCACUGGUUCUCGACCUGCACAAAUCAACAUAGCUCAGGUUACCGACGGAGAAGGACCCGCUCUUCCCUCGUCCGUGACUAUCAAUACGCAGCCUCGGGUCCCCUCACACGGCUCGAUGGCUUCCGAAGCAACAUUCCCUAUCAGACCAGAUGCAUCCACAGCAACUGAUCUCUCGUCAAGGGCUACUGGCGACGCAUCCUCCACUAGAUCGCCACCACCUCUUCCAUAUCCAUCACUCGCGACAACUCCUCGUCCGCCGAAAAGGACAUCGACUUUACUGUCGCCCUCUUCAUCGUCUCCACGGACAUACCAAGUCCCAUUAUCGACAGGUCCUAAGGCUUCCGCAAUCGGGUUCUUCGCCUCUAUCGGACGAAAGACCAGUGUGAGAAAGGAUCGUGGGGUCAAUACAGGACCCUCACCUAAUGUAUUGACCAAGCGGUUGCCAAACGCGAAGUCGAACCCUAGUCCGCCACGACAGAUUCAGGUCACCACUCCUCCUAGUGUACCCGGAGGCCCUCGAGCGGUUCCCAACAAGAUGCACAGAUCUCAGACCCUUUCCAUGGCUCCCCCACCCAAACCUGUUGCGCCUGAACCCGUACCUGUUUCGCGACGUAACACGCAUCGCGCCAGUGCUCUUAAUCGGCGCCCUUCGCUCUUUUCGAGGUCUUUGCCAGCUCAGGCUCAAUCUACCAGUCCACAAUUCGAGCAGCAAGUUGACAAGCUGGCUGACCUGCUUCCUCAUGCGGACCGUCAGAUUCUUGCUGCGUAUCUUCGGAGAACUGGGCAAGACAUGCUUGCAAUUGGACAGUAUCUUGAGGAUGAGAAAAGUGGGACACUUCGCUAUGAUUAAUAGAUUGAUCUCCUUGUUUCCAGCUACGGUCUCUUUGCUAUCAUCUCUUUCGCACGUUUAGUAUUUGAUUCCUGCUUUCAUGGACUUGACAUUCGUUAUGAUAUUACGCAAGCCCGACUAACAAUAUUGUAUUAUACCCAUCAUUCCGGUAUCCUGGAACCGUCCUUUUGCAUUGUACGUCUAUCUAUACAGCGAUUCUACUCACCGUGGUUGAAUGAGAAUAACGUCCGUUCGCGUC